AGCAAAACCUCCAAGACGCCCCGUCGUCCCUUCGAGAAGGAACGUUUGGACGCCGAGCUUAAGCUGGUGGGAGAAUAUGGCCUGCGUUGCAAGCGCGAAAUCUGGCGUGUUCAGUUCGCUCUGGCGAAGCUGCGCAAGGCCGCCCGUACCUUGUUGACUCUCGACCCGAGCGAUCCCAAGAGAAUCUUCGAGGGAGCUGCGCUUCUCCGUCGUAUGAAUCGUUACGGUCUUUUAGCGGAUGAUGAACUCGAGCUUGAUACCGUCCUUCAGUUGACAACCCAGAAGUUACUGGAACGGCGCUUGCAGACGAAGGUCUACAAGCAAGGUCUAGCCAAAUCCAUUCACCACGCCCGUGUUUUGAUCCGUCAACGUCACAUCCGUGUCGGAUCUCAGCUAGUCAACGUGCCCUCAUUCAAUGUGCGUACCGCUUCGGAAAAGCACAUUGACUUUUCUACUAACUCUCCUUACGGACAGGGAGCUCCUGGACGUGUCGCCCGUAAG